UUCUUCGUCUUCUCCAGGGUUUGGAUCGAUGAGUGGCGGUACGCUAUCGGAUGUCUACCAGCAAGCUCGCGUCUCCCUCUUCAAAGUACGCGAUGGUUUGGAGAGGCUAGAGCGCUUAGAAUGCUCCACCAGUAGCAGUAGCAGUAGCCCCCGCGAUGGAACUCUCUCCGGAUCCGAGAUCACCCAGUCAGUGAAGCGUGAUCUAGGCCAGCUCCAGAAGUAUAGCGAGGAACUCGAUCAACUGUGGCGGCUCCAGCUCCAGAAAUCUCAGCGAGACUUGUGGAAACGGAAAGUAGAACAGGUCCUUGAGGAAGCUGAUUCCUUGAGGCUUGGACUGGAAAAGUAUCUUGGUCGCCAGCAUCGACGUCAGAUAGAGGCGCAAGAGCGAGCAGAUCUUUUCAGGAGAAUGAAUGGAGACUCGGCACAAGUGCUCCAAAUCUUUGACGAUGAGCAGCAAGCUAUGCGAUCCUUGCAACGCUCGUCCAAUAUGCUCGAGGAAGCCAUGGCCGCUGGAGUGGCAGUUCUUUCGAAGUAUAGUGUCCAGCGUGACCGUUUAAAGAGUGCUCAGCGUAAGGCAUUGGACAUUCUCACAACGGUGGGAUUAUCCAACGCUGUUUUGAGAGUUAUCGAGAAGAGACAUCGCAUUGACAAGUGGAUAUCCUACACGGGAAUGAUCGUAACGAUUGUUGUGGUCAUUGCGGUGUGGAUGUGGGUACGCUGAGCCGAUAAUAUACGAGGGUGCCAUUUAUAAUACUCGUUUUUUUUU